AUGUCGUCGAAAUACUUGCAGAACGUUGAUCCAUCAACACCAGAGGAGUUUAACGGGUUUGUUGAGUACAUUGAAAGGGUGCGUAACGCUCUUAUUGUGGAUGUUACCAGUGGAAGUUUAAUUCUCAUGGUAGAAUGUAGCUCCCUUGAGAUCCUGGAAGGACUGUGGGAAGACUACAGCACAGGUUAUCUUAACGAAAUGGCACAAAAAUUCCUUGUGACAGCGGAACUUCUUAGAACGUUUGGUCUAGCUAAAGUUAAACUCACGACUACUAUAAAAGAAGAGCAAUACAGAGCUUGUCACAAGCUUCUC